AUGGGGUUAAGGGGCUUCGUGGACCAGAAAGUUACCCCUCUAUUUGGCCUGGAUGUUCUGAGAAUCAAGGUCAUCGGGGAGACUGGACUUCAUCUUACCAUAGUUGACUUACCAGGGCUCGUCUCUGGAGCCGAAGCUGAUAACUGUUCUGUCGUUGAAAGCCUAGUCAACUCAUACCUUGAGAAUCCGCGCAGCAUUAUCCUUGCUAUAGUCCUAGCUAUGAGUGAUGUUGAGACUCAGCCAAUCAUUCAGGCAGCUCGGCAAUUUGAUAACGAAGGAACCAGGACUGUUGGUAUUGUCACCAAAGUUGACCUUAUUACUAAUGGAACUGAAGAAGGAAUCGUAGCCAUGGCCAAAAACCAGGGCCCUAUCAAGUUAAAGCUAGGGUACUAUCUGCUGAAGAACCCAUCUCCAAAAGAGAUUGAGUCUGGGAUAACUGCCGAGGGAAGAAGGAGAAAGGAUCUCAGCUGGUUUCAGAAACCCGGUUGGAAGAGAAGAUUCCUUAAUCUCAACAGAGUGGGCAUCGAUGCACUCAAAUCUUCACUCGAAGUACUCCUUGCACAACAUAUUAAAAAUGAGCUCCCCAAAGUCUGCUCCGAGAUAACGAAGCUACUAGAAGAUGCACAAAAAGAGGUCACAGAACUCGGCGAAGGGCGUCCGAACACACAAGCACAGAGGAUUUUUCUCCAAACUCAGCAUGCAGUUUCAAGGACUUGUACAAGCUGCGACUAG